AUGAUCGUAUCUCCAAAAGCUGUUUCUGAUUCUCAGAAUUCUCAGACCUGUCUUGAUCCUGAAGCUAGCCCAAGUGUCUUGGGAAUUAUUCUUGGAGGUGGAGAUGGUACUCGUCUUUAUCCUCUUUUAAAGAAGAGGGCAAAACCUGCGGUUCCUUUAGGAGCAAAUUAUAGGCUUAUCGAUAUCCCUGUUAGCAAUUGCUUGAACAGUAACAUAUCAAAGAUUUAUGUUCUUACACAAUUCAAUUCUGCAUCUCUCAAUCGCCACCUUUCACGGGCUUAUGCAAGUAGCCUGAGUAGUUACAAGAAUGAAGGACUUGUUGAAGUUCUUGCUGCUCAGCAGAGUCCGGAGAACCCAAACUGGUUCCAGAAUUGCAAAAUUCACCAUUCAGUGGUCGGCCUUCGAUCUUGCAUCUCAGAAGGUGCAAUUAUUGAAGAUACUCUGUUGAUGGGAGCUGAUUAUUAUGAGUUCUUCUAUUCUAUUCCUACAAAAUGA